AUGGGCCUCGAAGAGGAACCCUCGAAGGUUCCUCUGGAGGCCCACAUUAUGAGCAAAUGUCCGGAUGCUCAGGAAUGUCUGCAGGAGCUGGUUUUGCCAGCCAUGGAGCAAAUUAGCGACAAAGUGGACUUCGACUUGUCCUUCAUUGCAACGGUCUCCCAUAAGACUUCGGAUAUUGUCUGCAAACAUGGUCCCGGCGAAUGCAUCGGUAAUAUACUCAUUCUAUGCGCUCAGAACCUGCCAUUUCCCGAUGGCAGUGAUUCUCGCAUGCCGACCAUUCGUUCUCUUGGCUUCGCCAAUUGCCUUAUCGGCUCAUAUGAGGACAUCCCAGACCGGGAGCUUGUGCAUCACUGCGCCCUGGAGCAUGGUAUUGAUUUCGAUGCUUUGAAUCAUUGUGCUAGUCAGCAAGAGGACGAUCCCGGAGACGAUGGUCUGAGCGGCCUUGCUUUGCUGCGAGAAAGUGCGCUUCAUAGCGCAGACCUGGGAGUCAAGACAAGCUGUACUCUGCGGCUAGAUGAGUCAACCUGGUGUGUUCGAGAUGGUGGUGUUUGGAAAGAUUGCGCCGAGGAUGGGGAGGGAAGUGAGGUCUCGGUUCUUGUGGACGAGAUCAACAAACUCUGGGGCGAGAGAAAUUGA